UGUUCAUUGGUUUGGGACCCUUUACUUUCUUCCUGCUCCAAUCUGCCUUCCCUUUUCUUUAAUAUUGUAUCUUUCUUAUCUAGCCCCACCCCCCACCCCCAAAGCGUACUAUUACAUUGUAGCUUUUAAUGGCGACCAACGAAGAAGGCAGCGACCCCAGCCCCAGAGCGGCGCCCUGGCCCCUGGCGCAGGCGCGGGUGCAGAAGCUGGAGCCUCGGCUGGCCCGCAGGCGCCUGUCCCAGGCUCGCCACCGAGCCACCCUGAGCAAGCUCUUCGGGAACCUGCGGAGAAUCCUGUACCAGCAGUCUGACUUCACGGCCUCGAAGUGGCAGGUUCUGAACAGGGCGAAGAGUCACAUUCAGGAACAGGAACAAAUCUUGGAUAAUCUGCUGAAGGUGAAAGAAUCCUUCAAACUGCAGGAUGGAAAUGCAAACAGCUUAGAGGAGGUCAAGGAGAAAUAUGCCAGGAUGUUCUCCAGAAAUCACAGCCUACUCCCAAAUAAGGUUCAUCCAUAUGACUUUGACAACUUGUACCCAUUUGAGGCAGUCGGGAAGGAUGAGGAGGAGGAAGAUGAGGAGGAGGAAGAAGAGGAGGAGGAGGAAGAGGAGGAGGAGGAGGAGGAGGAAGAGGAGGAGGAGGAGGAAGACCAAGAAGAGGAGGAAGAAGAGAAGGAGGAGGAGGAGAAGGAGGAGGAAAAAGUGGAGCUCUUACCCUCCCCAGUCACUUUGCCACCCGACCUCAUGGAGUUUGAACGGUACCUCAACUUUUACAAGCAGACCAUGGACCUCCUGACCAGGGACAGGAUCGUCUCCUCCCAGGAGGUGACCCUGCCCGUGGUCUCCGCGGCCAUCUCCCACCUGUGGCAGACCCUCUCCGAGGAGAAGAAGGCCGGCCUCCUGCAGGCCGUGGCGCGGAGGCACGGUGGCCUGGCGGGCCUGGGAGGGGCCCCCCGGGAGCCGGCCUGUGCCGAGGACAGCGUGAAGGACAGCGGCGUCGACAGCCAAGGGGCCAGCUACUCGCUCGAGUCUACCCCGGAGGAGCUCCUUUUCGAAGAUGCCUACGAUGUGGCAUGUUUCCUGGAUAAAAGUGAGGCCCCAAGUACAUCUAGCUCCAGUCCCAUGUUUGCCAACUGCAACCCAGAGAACCCAGAGGAAAAGUUUCAGCUCUACACACACAUCGUCGACUUCUUCAAAGACCUCUGUGGUGCUCACCCUCAGGAGAAGCAGGAACCAGAGCUUCCCGUGGACGAUGCGAUGUUGAUGUUGCAGUGCAUGGAGACCUUUGAUGACGAAGAUCUGUAGUGCAGAAGGGCUGGCAGGGGAGGCAAUGAAUGAAGUGGACCGUUUCCAAGUUUGCCCGCUGCACCCGCCUUGGCCUUCUGGGAUAUUUUGGAUGGACUCUCCCAGAAGCAUGUUGAUGGUUUUCAUUUUUUAUUAUUAUAAAGCUUUAAGAGCAGCAUGGCUCUGUGUUGGUCUCUCAGGGUUGUUUGGUGCAAAGGACUGUCCUGCAGGGCACACACCUGCUCCCCGGGCUCCUCUGGGCCGGGUGGUGCCAGGCGCGGCUGAGGCGCAGGCCCUGGGCCAUCCCAGGGAGGGACAGGCAGCAUCUGUCUGUG